GCGGCCGCCGGAGGAUGGGAGCGAGCGGCGGAGCCGCGGAGCGGCGCGGGGGCAAGGCCGGGAGCGCGGCGGCGGGCGCCGCGGCAUCGCCCGCGUAGGGCGGCGCGGGAGCCGGGCGGUGCCGCGGCCAUGGAAAGGGCGAGCCCGGCUGCAGGCAAGCUGAACGCCGGCGGCCGCGGGGCGGGCGAUGGGCACGGCCCCACCGGCGGUGCCCAGCCGCGGGCGGCGGCGGCGGGCAGCGCCGAGCCGGGCGAGCUCAUCGGACGGGCGCUGGAUUUCAAGAGCGAAGGGGCGCAGUGCUACAAGGACAAGAAAUUCCGGGAGGCCAUCGGCAAGUACCACCGCGCCCUGCUGGAGCUGAAGGCGCUGCUGCUGCUGCUGAGCCAGGAGCCGGCCGGGCAGCGCCCUCCCGCCGCCGCCGCCGCGGCGGGGCUGAGCGAAGAGCAGCGGCAGGCGGUGGAGGCCAUCGAGGUCGACUGCUACAACAGCCUGGCAGCCUGCCUGCUCCAGGCCGAGCUGGUGAAUUACGAGCGGGUUAAGGAGUACUGCCUCAAAGUGCUGCAGAAGGAAGGCGAGAACUUCAAGGCGCUCUAUCGAUCGGGAGUGGCAUUUUACCACCUGGGUGACUUCAACAAGGCCCUCUACUACCUGAAAGAAGCAAGAUCCCGCCAGCCAACAGAUACCAAUGUCAUACGAUACAUCCAGCUGACAGAGAUGAAGCUCAGCAGAUGUUCCCAGAGAGAGAAGGAAACCUUGUGAAAAUGAAGCCACUUCAGCUGAAGUGCCCAAGGGGGAACAUUUCCUUCCUAGAAGCUCAUUUGGUGGAUUUUCCCAUUUGCUCUGCCUCAUCCUCAUCUCCUCAUCCAUCCACUCUCCCUUGCUCUUCAUUGAAUACCAGUUUUGAAAUGAAAGAGACUCGGACGCUGGAUAUGGCUGCUUGCCAGCCAUGGUAAUACCCCUUCCCCGUGGCAAAAGAGCACAACAACUACAGCCAGCCUUGUUCCCAGACAGUGUCACACACCUGGAGUAGGCAAUGCUGGGGGACCUGCCUGGUCCCGAACUGACUGCCUAUUACCUAUUAGGGAAGCAACCCACAGAACAACGACUUCCUGACCAGGCAAGUUGGAGAAAGAGGGUUUCUGCUCUGAGUGAUCACUGGAGCUUGGAAGAGCUAAGAAACCAAGAGAGCCACUGGUCAUUCCACAGGGAACAGCAAAUGCCUUUUUACCAUCAGUUCCCUCUGCCUGCUUCUCCAGUGUGUGUUAUUGGUCUCCAGUGAGAGCUCACAUGCUCCUAGUCUAAUGUCAGUGAAAACUGUUUCUAAACAUCCUCUUGAUGAAAGCACAGAGCACCCUAUAAACCCCCUGCAGAGCUGUCCCAGUGCCAGAGGAGAAGGCUGUGGGCCACCACAGAGCAUUGAAUGGACUGUGAAAGCAUGGUGUACAGUGUGAGGGAAAAACUGUGAAAUAAUUCAUUAAAGGCAAAUAAAAAUUAUUCAUAGGCAACAAGUCUGGGCAUUGCUUUUCAAAGGAGCCUCUUCGGUUCCCCAUGUCCAGACAGGCAACAUUAUCUAGGGAGGGGGCAGUAUGGGGUGGGGAACAAGGGACGUCUCCAUUCUUACCUUGGCUCUACCAAUGCCUUGCUGUGUGAUCUUGGGCAAGUCACUUUUAGCCUCUUGGUGCCUCAGUUUCCCUAUCUGUACACUAGGGAUAAUAAUACUUCCCUACCUCGCAGGGGUGUUGUGAGGAUGUAUCAGUUAAUGUUUGUAAGUAACAGUACAGUGAUGUACAGUGCUAAGUAUUAUUAGUACAUUGGAUUGAGGUCUUGAUUCUCCCACCUUGUGUUGGUUCUUCCUGUGUCCUGUUUUUUUUCUUUUGUAGGAGUAUGUGGUGCUGACAAGAGGGCAGGACCAACAGCUUUGAAGCCUAUUUUGGUGGCCCAGAGGGCCUGUUUAGACCUCCAGCAGUUUGGUCUUCUCUGAGAGCUUUGUCUCCUUGGCUCAAAGGUCCUUUUCUGAAACUGCCAAUAAUGGGAUCAGUAAGUGCCACAAACAUAUUCUCAGUGUAACUUGCCCCAGCAGCGGCCUACAGGGACAUGUUCCCAGUUGCAAGAUACACAUGAGUGGUUUCAUCCCAUGGUGGUCAGUGUCAAGUGAGUGUAGUCAGAGUUAUUUCACUUGGCCCUGAGCUGAAACACAGAAACUGAAACAGAGCUAAACAGACAAAGUUCGGCCAAGUGCUGUGUGCUUUGGUUCCAGCAGACAUGGUACCUGCAGACAGUUGGCUAUGGCAUCUCACAUUCCAGCUAUGGUAUCUGGCCACAUUUUUUCUCCAGACGAAAUUCAAGAGAGUUGUUAGAGAAACAUCAAGAGAAAAGGCAAAUUGAAUAUAAGUCAACAGUGUAUCCUAGCAGCCAGGAGAGCCAACUGUGUCCUGAGAGGCACAGGGCACAGCAUUGCCAACUAGGCAAUGGAGGGGAUUGUCCCACUCUGCUCUGCACUGGGGCAGCCUCACCUUGAGUGCUGGGGGCAGUUUUGGGCACCACAAUAUAAAAAAGGUACAAAGCUACUAGAGAGUGUCCAAAGGAGGGCUACAAAGAUGGUCAAGGGCCUUGAGAGGAAGCUGUAUAAGGAGUCGUUGAGAUCACUUGGUCUGUUCAGCAUGGAGGAGACUGAGGGGGGACCGUAUUGUUGCCUUUAACAUCUUCACAACAUGAAGCAGAGAGGCAGGCACUGAUCUCUUUUCUCUAGUACCCAAUGACAGGACCCAAGGCAACAGCAUAAAUCUGUGUCAGGAGAGGUUUAGGUUGGAUAUUAAGAAAAGGUUCUUUGCCCAGAGGGUGUUUGGGCACUGGAACAGCUCCCCAGGGAACUGGUUGCAGCACCAAGCCUGACAGAGUUUAAGAAGCAUUUGGACAAUGCUCUCAGGCACAUAGUGUGACUCUUGGAGUUGCCUUAUGUUGGGCAGGAGUUGGACUCGAUGAUCUUUGUGGUUGCCUUCUAGCUCAUGAUGUUUAUGGUUCUAUGAUUUUAUGAAAUCUCUGUCAUUAUCCCUGAAAAAACUUCAGUCAUAUUAUUUAGUACAGGAACACAUCCAGCUCACAUUGGGGGUGGGGAAGAGACCAUCUAAAAGUCGCAUGUAAGUCCCUGAAAUAAGACAGACCUACCUCAGUUGUGUAGAACUUAAGAUCAGCUGAGAUGGCACAGUUCAUGUUCCUCAGGUGGGAGAUGGAAAGCAGCUGCUUCUCAAAAUCAGGAACAGUGUGCAGCUACUGUAAAGGAAAGGGCUGCUGAAGGCAGCACAGUCACCUUCUUCAGAUGGCCCUUGGUUCACACAUCUGGGUCACAAAUAGCCAGCACCCCUGCCCAUCACUACAGAUAUCUAAGCAAUAAAUGGAACUACAGCUCCUAAGAGCACAAUUUAAAGACAGAGAGGACAAAUGAGGGAAAUUGUUUAAGUAAUUGUUAACCAGACCAGAAAAUAAAGCUUAGGCAGAGAUGUGCUUGGAUGCAUGCAAGAUGAUGCAUAAAAGACAGUGCUAGUAAGAUUCUGGUUCUCAGACACAUGCAGUCUUCUAUCUCCUAAAUAUAUCACAGCACACAAAAAAAUUCAAAUAGAGGUGACUCUCCCCUACUUCAUAUUGCUGAUGACAGUUCAUCCUGCAGCCGCAUGUGUCUCUUCACUAGGAGUGAAAUGAGGAUUCAUCCUGCAGGCAAUGCAGAAGAGGACACCACCUACGCAAACAGUCUCUGCCCCAGGAAAGCUCAUGCAAGCAGAGACAGGCUUGUUACUCAUGACCUUAAUGUAAGAGAAAGGGCAUUCUCCAGCCACUGGAGAUGUAAGGCCAUGGUUGUCAUUUUGUCAAGGAACAAUUUUAGCCCUCACAAUGGCUUCACUGACGUACUGUCCCUGCAUCAGUGCCAUGUACAUAGUAAUAUAAAAAGGGCACAGCAGGCUCCAGUCUCCUCAGUUUUAAGCAUCUUUCCCUCCAGGAGCACUGCAAAGGGUAGAGGAAAGAGGGAAGUCUUUGAAUGUGCAUAAGAAAAAUAUUUCAGGGAGCCUUCAGGUGCUACACAACAACCUAUUUUCUUUCAGAAAAUUGUUGUCCUUACAUACACAGACAACCAGGGCACCUGUAAACAGUGACACUCACACCAGAGGCUGGAAGAAGGAAGUCACCAAAGAGGGAAUAGAGUCGGGAACUGUUUCAUGCAGUGACACUGAGUUUGAGAGAAUUAUGGACACACCUUUUCCAGUGAGUGGUCCUUAGCAGCCAGAUGUGGAGGUGUGGGCAGAGGCCACCCAAUUCCACCCAAGUUACACAAACCUUGUUGUAGGGAGUUGGAGACACACUGUUGGAGGUAGCCAUGUCCACUACAAGUUGAUGGUAUGUUUCUGCAGAGCAGUCAAGUAGCAAUGGGAAGAUACACAUCCUGGAACUCCGAAAAAGUAAACAAAGCUUUAGCUCAGCCAGGUGGUGAAUCUGUAUGUCAACAUGCAGUACACAGGGGAAUGAACACAGACCUGUAGCUAUACUCAGCAGGGCUAAAAUGUCCUCAGUGCAAUGAGAAGUGAGCCCAUUCAUCCAUCUCAUGGUAAAACAGCAGGAACAAAAUGGAAGGUGCCAGGCAGAGCAGUAGGACAGCAAGCAGGAACUGAGGUAAAAGGAGAGGGAUGAUAUAAUCAUGGGAUGCAAAAUGUGAGCCAAUCCCAGGUUCAUGGGCAGAAUGAUAAUUGAACUAGAAAAAAAAAUGACCAAAGGCUUAGACACUCUAUUUGCAGUUCAUAAGAGCGCCCAGUUUUGGCAGGAUACACAGCAGGGAAAAAAGAGAGCAAGAUUAGAUGUGAUUUUUCCACUUGGAGGGGGCAAAAGAGGGGGAGGCUUCCUUCCUGCUGCACAAUCAUUUUUGAAAGUGCAAGGAGAGGACAAACAGAUGCUGGCUGUGGAAGUCUUCCAAAUAUGUGUUAGCAGUUGCUGUUGGUAAAGGGAACUUGAACAGGGUGGAGAAAUCUUUGUUUAAACUAGGGAGAGGGUAUGACUAGUUUCCAGAAUGGAUGGGAAACAAAGGUCUGGAUAUUCUUGCUUACUAGUGAAAUCCAGGAGCCUCUAAGAUGAAAAGGAGGGUCUUGAGUGCAGAGCAACCCCUUUAGCUGUGCAUCUUGAUUUAGCUUCCCCAGAAUUCCUCUGCAAACCUCAUCUGUGUAAAUGUAAUCCCCAAAAUACAAUGAGUAUGCCCAGGAGUGGCUGUGUUCUCAUGCUUCACAUCACAUCUCCAGAGAGUUUAUUGGCACUGUUUUCUUUAUGCUCAGUCCCGUGAUGACACCCUUUUGACUUGCUUUUUUCCUAGGAGCAGGAGAAGGGAGGGGUAUACACUGGGUGAAGGUGAAAUCGAACUAAAUUCACACUGCUGACUACCCAUCUUCUCUGGUGUUUAUUCGCCUUUCCUCCUGCACCCUGAAUGACGGUGAUGCUCUUCCCAAGUUUCUAUGGUGAAAUUUCUUGAUCUGCACAGUAUUUUAAAGGCUUGGGCCGGAAUUACUUAAAUAAGGAGGAACAGUGGUGAGCUAACAUGCCUCCCAGGUGGGAUGCUUGGGAGGGUGCAGUAAAUGAUCAGGUUUCUUAAUGCUAUCCAUGUAUUUGCAUAACCAAUUACUAAGGACACUGCAGCUGGUAAGAAGUGGAUUCCAGAGAUUGUUGUUGAGGAGUACCUAGGUUACUAAGGUGCUGCAGGCUGUACCUGCCAACAACAGCUUUGAUGCUGCCUCAGUGUAGGUGAUGAAAAGACAAGGCACUGUCCUGGCUCCUCCCACAGCUGCAACUGAGUGAAGGUAAAUUUAUGCAUUCAUGAUAAGAACAUAAGAAGAAACCUGUAUGUAGCUUUGAGGCAGUUAGCAGCUUGUGAGAUGCAAGGGCAUAUUAGUGGUCCCACAGAUGUAGGGAAGGGAAAACCUCCCCUCUCCUUUGCUUCCCAGAGACAGGUGCUCCCCCUGUCACAGCACAGGCCAGCUCAAACUGUUCAGCCCAGAGAACUGUACCUACAGAAACCCUUUCCAGUAGCAGUUGUGCUUGAAAUCAGGAAAUAAAUAGACUGUAGUGCCCAGGAAAUUACCUUCUUACUCUACCUUCGUGCUCACUCCUUGUCCUUUGGAUGACAAUAUUCAGCCAUGGCCAUGGUGAAUGAAGCUGCUCUCCAAGAGAGGCUUCACAGGCCCUACCACAGCCUCCUUUUUUCCUUUACUGCCAGCCAAGUCUUAUACACAGCAGCAGCUCUGCAAAACCUACUUCCACAGCUUUUCCUUCCACAGGGCUCCCCUUCACCGCAUUUUGCCUGGAGGGAACAUGAGCCUGUGCCAGCUGGUAGCUACCUCUGGCAGCUCCCCAUCACUGGUUAGGAAAUAAUUUGUAAUGCAGCCAGGUGGAACUGGCAAGGGCAUCAGGAAAUAAGAAGAGGAAUUUGGCUGGGGCUUUGGGGCCAACACAGAUUCUCAUACAACUACUGCUACCAGAUCUUCAGUGAUUCCAUGUGCCCAGGUGCAGAAUGCCCGGGAUCACUGUAUAUCCAUCCACAAGGCACUCAGAGAGCUCCCUGUUGCGCUCCACAGCCUACAGAGGAGAUUGCAGAUGAGCUCAGAGGAAGGGUGAAUCACCCAUGUACUCUCUGCAUCGUACUAUUUUCUCCUCAGACCUGAGCUAAUAGAAGCAUAUGAGCAUAUAUUCUAUUGUCUAUUGUCAGAGCUUCAAAUCAAAACUGUGAUUAAUCUGAAACUGUACAUUUUUUAUAUUAGACCCAGUUUACCUCAGUACUGCAAAGAUUUGGUGUUAACUUUGUGUAAUAUUGACAUCUAAAAUGCAAAAUAUGAGCACUGGAGAUGACAGAACAACUUUCUAUAAAGAAUUCUGCCAAGAAAAAAAUAAUUUCAAAACAAAAGGAAAAUACCUGGUUACUAAUAACAGAAGUGAUAUUUAAUAUUAAAUCAUCUCAACCAGUGAUUUUUUUUUCAACAUUUAUGGAGGCACUCCUCAGUCUCUGCCUAUGUGACUGUACGUGUGGGUGGGGGCACAAGGGUGUCGUGGGGUGCAGCCCUUGGGGGAGAAAUGUACAAGGCAAAGCUAAACCUGAUCACAUCCUGCUGCCCAGUCCAGGACCUGCUCUAUUCAACCAAUUCUGACAUGUUCUUCCCAACUACUUGACUCUCUUGAAAUGAGAGCAGGGCAAAUGCUUGGUUGCCAAUUAUUGCUGUUACCAGUUACCAGUUCUGCAGGCUUUUCUCUGGCCAUGGAUCUGCUGUGAACAUAUAGUGGCUUACACAUGCUCCCCACGGAGAGGAAGGAGAAGGUAUUCCAAGGGAAGCAAGAACUUCAUUGAAUGUGAAAGCCAGCCAGAGUGAAAACUCACAUGACAAAUCAGUAAAAGCACAUGCAAUUUGGAGUCUGGGGUCCUGUUUGAGCAAGAAAGCAGAAUGAGAGUAUCUCAAAGGACAGUUUAGGUGGGAAAAGGAACACAGGAGAAAGAGACAUUGAUACCCAUACCUGAAAGUCUGAAGGACCCAGCAGAAGCUCUGACACCAGGGCAGAAGAAGGGUUUCUGGAAUGGGAGACACGAAAAGUGAAAUGCAAGAGGAAAUUCAAAACCAGAAUGUGGUAGAAAAAUUAAAAGAUAAGAGUUGAUAGCAAGUCGUCCCAUCCCAGUAGGAUUUGGGCAUCUGGGUAACCAGAUCCUACCACAGCUCUGGCUCUGGAGGCAGAGGGAGGAAGAGUGAGGACAGUAUCAUCCUGAGGACACAAGGAGGAGACCUCAGGAGUGGCUGUCCGCUGGAUCUUUAAAUCCUGAUCCCUUUAUUUUGCCUUUGUAUUGCUUUCAAUGUCAUGAACCAAGAGACAGCCCAAAUGCCUUAUCCUGAUGUAUUUCUUAACACAUGACAGCAGCAUCAGGGCUGGGGGAACAGGGAUAACAGGGUCAUCAUUUUAAGACCUAUAUUAGCUGGAAAUGGUAAGCCACCUUCAUUAUGGUUUUGGGGACAGAGUUAUUCUGAGCCCUGAAACAAAGCAAAUGACAGUUUUUUUCCAAGGCUGAUAUUUUCUUGAUAACUUUGAUUUCCAGCCCUUAUACCAAAGUUGUCCAUAAAAGCAGGCUGCUGUUCCAGUUUGGUAGGGGGAGCUAUUGCUGUCAAUACUUUUGCUUCAGCAGUGGUCCAAACUCAGAUGUAGUUGCACCUGGUUCUUCCUGCAGCAGCAUCUUUGACUCACGUUCUAAAUGUCGUUCAGCAUGUGAUACUAAAAUUAAAGUGUGUUUUAAUGGCCACAAGAAAAAAGUACAUAUUCAAAUUAUCCAGGAUGAAACAGAUGGACUGUUUCUCUGAUUUUGCUUAGUGAAGACAGGUGGGGAAUUUACAGUUGGGAACGAAGGAUUUUCACUUAACCAACAAUGGAUGGUUGGCAGCCAGUUUCGUGAUGGCAGCCCAAAGAAAGCAGCUUAGCAUGGCCUGUAACAGUCUCAAGGGAAAGCCAUGUGCAGGAUGGACCAUGUUUUUUGGCUCCCUGAAAAGAGCAGAUGAUAGAGCUACAGCCUCUGCAGGCUUCCUCCACUUCACACAGCAGCCGUACAGGGUUGCAGCAGAACUUUUGGCAGCAGAUAAACCCCCAGGCUGUUUCACAUUCCCUCCUACAAACUUCUGGUUAGAGAAAUGGCCACAAUCAAAUGGCAUAUUCCUCACUCAGAGGUGGUCUCCUGCAUUUUGUUGGGGCUGAAUUAGAUCCAAACUGACAGUUGCUGAAUUCAGUAGGUUGUCUUUGAGGCUCAGCUGGCUCUUGGCAGGCUCUGAGCAUUGACUCAGGAAGAGCAUAUGAGCCCAAGGACACAAGCCAAGAUGCCAGCCCUUUCCUGGGGUGCUUUGGAUGGCCUCUAGCUAAGCAAGAUAUGGGGGAUGAGCCUGGGUGCUCACAAAAACAAGGUCUUGGCCUCAGCUGAGCAGAACAGAUGUGUGACCCUUUUGUGGUCCAGAGGCCAGUCCCUCACAUCAGCUCCCCAAGCUGCAGGGCGGUGUCACAAAGCCAGGGCUGACAGCUGACUGGCACAUCCCCACUGCUAACAACCCUCACGGGCUUUGACUAUCCCAGUCUUUGAUGCUGGGUCUACACUGUCACCCUGAGGUCUCUCUUUCUAAAAGCCCUUUAAAACUUCAGUAUUAAGGACUCUAAACAUCAGCAAAUAAACUGUAAAAGUCCAUGAGGUUUUUUAGGUGCUCAGAAUGGCUCUGGUUAUCACUUCUUAAUGUUUGUGGCAGGCAGUCCUGUGGGUUGUUGUGUCACACAGGCCUGAGCUUCCAUAUAGACAUAGAAAAAUAGGUACUUUGCCAGUGGCCCAGCAAAAUGGAAGAGCUGAGUAAGAGAAAACCUUGCCUUGAGCAUCACCAAACCAACAUGUCACAGCAUCCCUAAUUCAAGUUAUCACCUCAACCUGGCAAUCUCAAGUUGCUGCUCAACAGGCCUUCAGUGUGGAAGAUUUGAUUGAUGUCUGGAAAAUUAUUUCCAUAUGACAGAAGACAAAUAGCUGUACACAGGAAUAGAGUCUGAAUCUGCAGUCUACAGGUAACUUCAUAGCUUGACUGUCAGAUCAGGGGUUGGGAAUACAACACUCUCAGUUUGGAAAAUUCUGAAACUUACAGCGUACACGGUGUGCUGGUUUUAGCUGGGGUAGAGUUAAUUUUCUUCAUAGUGGCUGGUAUGGGGAUGUGUCUUGGAUUUGUGCUGAACACAGGGUUGAUGAUGUAGAGAUGUUUUUGUUAUUGCUGAGCUGGGCUUACACAGAGCCAAGACCUUUUCUGCUUUUUGUACAGCCACACUGGUGAGGAAGUUUGGGGUGCACGGGAGGCUGGGAGGGGACACAGCCAAGGGCAGGUGACCCCAGCUGGCCAAAGGGACAUUCCAGACCAUAUGACGUCAUGCUCAGUAUAUAAAGUUGGGGGAAGGAGGAGGAAGAGGGGGACAUUUAAAGUGAUGGUGUUUGUCUUCCCAAGUCACUGCUGUAUGUGAUGGGGCUCAAGAGAGCCCCAUCCCUCCUCGAGAUGGCUGAACACCUGCCCACUCAUGGGAAGCACUCACUUAAUUCCCUGUUUUGCUCUGCUUGUGUGAACAGCUUCUGCUUUCCCUAUUAAACUAUCCUGCUCUCAGUCCAGGGGUUUUCUAUCUUUUACCCUUCCAAUUCUCUCCCCAAUCCACUGGUGGGGGAGUGAGCAAGCAGCUGCAUGGGGCUUGGUUGCUGGCUGGGGUUAAACCACCACACACAGUCAAAACUCAAAUCAACAGGAAAAUGAAGAACCCACAGUAGCAUCAGUACUUGUUCUGAUUAACAAAUGAGCUCCAUUUUUCUUCUCAAGCAAUAAAUCUCCUUCUAAGACAUAUGCUGUUGUUGAGAGACAUCCUUCUUAUUUUCUGUGUUCUGGGACAGCCAUGUCCCACUUCUCCUGUUAUUAGUCUACAGACUGAUGUGGAGCUCUAGGGAUCCCAGAUGUUUACAUCUUUGUGAUGUCAGAUGGACUCACUUCACUAAUGAAAGAUGGCUGUCUAAUAAAAGAUAAGAUCUCUCCUUUUCACUCAUCAGCAGUAUAAACACAAAGUCCCUGCAGGGACUUCACAGCUCUGUUCAUGAUGAGCAAGCCAUGUCAUAUCAUACUAUAAAUCUGAGGAAGUACCAGCUCUGAAAAUAGGACUUGAAAAGAUCCUCAAGAGAACAUGUACAUCACCCCAUUGCCUUAAGGCAAUUAGGUCAGAUCAAGUUAAACUGCUCCUGAGUUUAGUUUAUCUAACCUGUUCUCAAAAGCCUCCUGUGACAGAAUAUCACUGUCCUCAUAGAUAAAAAGUUAAGAGACUUCUUACUACAGCUUUAAUUGUCUCCUUUGCAGUGAUUUUAACUAAUUACUUCUUGUUUCAGCUACAGCAGAUAUUAUCAAAGAGUUGGUCUCUGUCUUUGCAGUAAGUCAUUAUGUUUGUGAAAGGCUCUUCUCUAGGACUGAUCUUUUAGCUUCCAUCAAGAUUUCUUACACUCAGCAAGUUUUCUGGCUCCUUGCUUGUUCUACUCAUUCUCCUCUGGAUUUCUUCCAGAGUGUUUACAUGUUUAUUGGAGUCCUGCUGAAAGCAGGACAGUUUCUCUAGCUAUGGCCUUCCUGCACAAGACAGAGCAGAAGCAUUAUUUCAGAUAAUUAUUUCUGAUAUAUGAUAGGCUGCCUUACAUAUUUGCUGUACUAGCAAGAUAUUAUUGACUCACGUUCAAGUCUCACCCCAGACUGCUUUGAUUCACUCCAGUUUUUCUUCUAUGUUGUCGUCAUGUCCUUUCAUAUUUCUGCAGACAACAUUCCUUACUGAAUUGCAUCCCAUGUGGCUGAGAAACCGUCAGAUUCCACAAAAUCAGACAUCACAAUUCCUUUUCCAUAGAAAGAACAGAUCUGCAUCUCUGCCUUUUAAAGGAUGCAUGUGGUCAAAUUUUAAGAAGAAGUAAAAGUAAGAUUCAGCAUAAAGUACCAGGUUUUGGGUGGGGAAAAAUCAAUAUACUUGUUCCACUUCUGUACCAUUGUUAACAAGUUCUACUGCACAAGCUCAGCAGUGCUUUUAGCAGCUACAAAAAACACUUGAAGCUGAGAGUCACAGGCUGUUGGGAUCAUCACUCACAGUGUCUUUCAUCAUGCAAAGCAACUCCUCGCUCCUUUAAAUUAUGUUGCAGAGUCAGGCACAUUCAGAUCUUCCAAAAUAAGCAGGAUUAAUAAUGCCUGAGCAAGACUGGAACAUUGAAGAACCAAUGGCACAAAAAUCGAGUGUUAUUCACCACACCUUGCAAGCCCUUUCCCCAGCAUACCCCAGUCAGGCAGAAGAUUCAUGUUUCUUUCAAAACCUUCUAAGCAAAGGUCACAGGCAGUGCAGCCCAGAGAUUUGAAUUACCAAAGCUCCUGUGUGUCUUGGUUUUUUAGCAGCUCAUGCACCUGACCAUGAACAGAAAACCAAGUGAUGCUCAACAGAAAUGAAAACUGAGGAUGAAAGAUGGAGAAAAAAAA